AUGGGUAAUAAUAGCAGUACUCCAGUAGAAAAAAAUCGAAAGACUACAGUAGAAAAAAAACCAAGGACUACAGUCAAACCAGCACAUCAACGAAUACCUGUUCGAGGUUCUGUUUAUCGCGGUUAUCAACCUUCUGUGGAAUUCAUGAAAGGAAGAUCUACAAAACAAAAUUCCGUAGUAGACAAUAACAGAGACAACAACAAUUCUCCAACGCCAUCAGAACAUCAAUUACCUGAAACACCUACUCUAUCUUCUAAAAAAAAUCCUUUUUCAUAUGACGAUCACACUAAAUCAACAACAUCAACUAAAGAACAAUCAUCUUCUGUUUUCGUUAAAAAUACUUCAAAUGAGAAACCUCUAUCUCCUUCUUCAAUACAACCAAAAGUAUCUUCACAAGCAGAACAAGUUUAUGUACCACCACCAAGUAUUUCCAAUAAUGUUUCAUUUCCUCAUACAGCUGCUGCCGAUAGUUUUGAGAAAGCUCCAAUGGUUCAAUUGAAUUAUGUUGUAAAACCAUCUGAAAAAAAUUCGAAACAUAUUUAUGAAUUAGGUAAUAUAACUGUUGUGCGUCGAACAUCAUCACAGGCAAUGCCAUAUGGCGGUAGAUGGUAUGAUAAAGAUUAUAAUACAAAUAUUCAACCACCUGUCGUCAAACACUUUUAA